AUGAGUGCCGUUCCCCUCCUCUUCCCCCUCCUUAUCCCACCAGCCUCCACGACGAUCGUGUGGUUCAAGCAUGACCUGAGGGUGAACGACCAUCCCGCCCUGCAUGCCCUCUCUGCCGCUUCAACAACCGAAUCAGCACUGUUGGCAUCUGCAGCUACAAGCCAUGCGAUUCCGCUCUUUGUCCUUGAUCCAAAUUUCCUGUCAGACCUCCCUACGAGCCAGCUACCGCUGCUCCUCUCGUCCGUCUCCUCCCUGCGCUCCUCUCUCCUCUCCCUCGGUUCCGACCUCAUCAUUGCUCGAGGGGACUCCUCCACUGCAAUCGCAAAGCUGUGUCAACAGGUUCCAUCUGUCCGUACUGUAGUGGCAGAGGAGGAGGUGGAAACCUGCUGGAAGCUUCCACUGGAGCAGGUCCGGUCAGCCUUGAUAGCACAAGGGCAGCAGGAAGGGAAAGCGAAGGAGGAGAAGAGAGUCUCUGUGGAGACAUGGCGAGCUGCAUUGCACGACUGCCAGGAUCCCCUCGCACUUGAGUUCACCACCUUCAAGCAGCAGAGAGGGCAGCCCUGCCCGCCUCUGCCUCCCCCCUCUGCGCUUCCCCCCCUGCCUGCUGGCAUCGACUCUGGAGCCUUGCCUUCAUUGGAGGAGCUCUUAUCGCUGGCAGGAAAAGAAAUGGACGGAACAAACACUCAAGAAUCACCCUCACAACUUCCACAAGUAGACGGGGAAGCUUCAGCUCUCUCUCUCUUAUCUCAGUACCUCCAGGCAGAUUUGAAAGGGGGAAGGAGCGGAGCGGGAGAAGCCGGACUUGCAGGUGGUAACCCUGUAACCGCGAGUAAGCCACUGAGCGAGACAAUUGCAGAGCUAGAGGUGGUUCCCCGGGCGUCCUUCCACGCGCUCUUUGCUCCUGUUCUCUCCCUUGGGCUGCUCUCCCAUCGUUACGUGCAUGAUGCCGCCCGCCGUAGCAGUGGUGGUGGCAGGGGCUCGACUGCAGCGGCUGCUAUCGACACUGUGGAAGCUAGAGAGUGGCACACAGAGAUGGCUCUUCGACCACACACAGCCAUGCCUCCUCCCAACCCCUUCUCCUCCUCAUCCUCCUCCUCCUCUUCUGAUUCCGGCACCUCCUUUACCACUUCAUCUGACUACUCUUCCAGCGAGCUCUCAGAUUCCGACUUCUCCUAUUCAUCCCUCUCCUCAUCAACCUCCUCUGCCUCCUCCUCCUCCUCUGCAUCAGAGUCGGAGGAUGAGAGCAGCAGCUCCUUCCUCGCCGUCCCGCCAUCGGAGGAGUUUGACCCGACAGUUGGUCACUGGAGGUGGAGGGGGGCGCUCAUUCAGUAUGGCUCUGUCGGCACAGAAGGACCAGCCAUCCUCUUUGUUCACGGAUUUGGAGCGUUCUGGCAGCACUUUCGCGACGUCAUGCGGCCACUAGCAGCCUCAGGGCACCGCGUUUGGGCGCUCACGCUGCCCGGAUUCGGCCGGGCAGAAAAACCUUUUUGGUCGUACACGCAGUACGUGUGGCGCGACUGCGUGGCGGAUUUUAUCCGCGAAGUGGUCGGCGAGCCGGUGGUUCUGGGCGGCAACUCAAUUGGAGGCUACACGGUUUCUUCAGUUGCCGGCCAGUGGCCUGACCUAGUGGCCUCCCUUGUCUUAUUCAACUCCGCUGGCCGAAUCGACCCAGAAAUUCCCAUCCCUGCCACCUCGUCCUCCUCUGAUUCCUCCACCUCCUCCUCGCCCCCGUCUCCCCCUCCUGACGGCCCCUUAUCCAAGGGCCCUCCCAAGCCGGUAGCCUGGCUGCUGUCUCGUGCUCUCUUCCUCUACCUGCGCUUCAACACAGGCCCCAUUCUUAAACGUUGUUACCCCGUGAGGCCUGAGAGGGCUGACGACUGGCUUCUAGGGGAGAUCUCCCGAGCAGCAACCGACCCGGGGGCAGUCGAGGUGGUGGAGAGUGCAUUCUACCUGCCUAAGCCGGAGCCCCUCAACAGCCUGCUCAUCCGAUACGGCGGGCCGGUGCUCGUGCUGCAGGGUAGUCUCGACCCUCUCAACGAUGCAGUGGCAAGAGCCAACCUUAUUACGGCCACCUGCCCUGGGGUCGCCCUGAAGUUGCUCAAAGCAGGUCACUGCCCCCAUGAUGAGGUGCCAGAGCAGGUGGCGUACCACAUGGACCAAUGGGCUCGCGCCACAUGGUGCUCUGUGGGCGAGGAGGAGGGCGACCGGCCAAUUGGAGUGCGGCGGGCAGCAGCAGCGGCCAGAUCUCCUGCCGAUGCUCUGGAGAUUCUGGAAGAAGAGGCGGCUGUGGGGGUGUUUGGAGGAGUGGUGCGAGGUGGGGGAGAUGUUGGAGGGAAGAAGGUCAAGAAUCAGAAAGAAGAAGAAGCAUUUGCAGCAGCAGCGGCGGCCAGGUUUCCUGCUAAUGCUCUGGAGAUAUUAGAGGAGGCGGUUGUGGGGGUGUUUGGGGGGUUAGUGGGCGGAGUGAAGGGGACUGGAACGAAGGGUAACAAGGAUAAAAGGGUGAGAGAGGGGAAGUGGAGCAGAGGCGUGAAGAAGCAGCAGCAGCGGCGGCCAGCACUCUCGCGCAACGCCUCCUUCAGAACUAGGCGAUUAAUUACCGUCUCCGUUCCACAGCCGUCUCCUUCAGCUAGGCGAUUAAAGCGCGUUCUAGUGACAUGCGACGCGGCUCCCGGAAACACGCCUGGAGGCGAGAACGGCGCGGCGAAGGCGAAUGGCGGGUCUGGGGAUGGGGCAGGAGAGAUUAAGGACGUCAGAAAAGGCGGCGCGAAGGAAAAUGCGGCGGUAGCGAACGGGCAGGAAAGUCGCCAGGAGAAGCGGGACGAUCAGGUCUGGGGGCGGCGUCGUUUGUCGGAUCUGGAGCGAGAGAUUCUCGGGGUGCAACGGGGGGACGGGGUUCCCGCCUCCCCCAAGGGAGGAGGUUCCGCUUCCCCCAGGCCUUCCGCUCCUCCUCCCCCUUCCGCGCGCCCGCAGCUUCGCAGAAGGGACCCUAAUUCCAACCAGAAGUCGAUUUUGGAUGAACUGGAUGAGCAGGGGUUUGGGCAGCUCAGCGGGGGUGUGGAGGAGUGGGAAGCGGUGAAGUCCGCCAAGAGAGUGGGCGAAUGGUUGGAGGAGAAGACUAUCAAGAAGGAAGGGGAGGAUGAAAUGGCAGGUCCCCCGCUUGGUUUUAGUCUCGUUCUGCUUCUGGGAAUCUUCCCUGUCUGGCUUUUCCUGGUGCUAGUGGCAGGGGGAUGGGUGGAGCUGCCCCCACAAUUAUCCUCGUUGCAGGAUCUCCUCACUACCCCCUAG